GGCCUUUGUCUUCCCUCUCUCUCCCCUCGUCCUCCUCCUCCCGCUGUCAGACAGUGGCAGUCUGGAGCUCCAUGGGGAGAGAGGGGGCCUCGGGUUGUAUGAAAGCCCAGCGGGGGCAGCCUGGCUGGGGCCUGGCCUGGCUGGAGGCCCUGAUGAUGGGAGAGCUGGAGAGAAAGAGUGCAGAGGUGCGUGUUGCAAAGAAAGAGAAGGAGAAGUUGCGGCGAGCGAAGGAAGAGCUGGAGGAGAGGAAUUCACAGCUCAAGCGACAGCUCUCCAUCGCUGCGGAGAUGAUGACCGAUCUUCGACGAGAAGUGAUUGAGAAACAGAGGGAGCUGACCUCGAAGGAACGACAGGUGUGUGAGCUGAGUGUGUUCCUGAGAGACACGGCACUGAAGGAGGCCGACGCCAAGCUGCGCCUGCAGGAGUUUAUCGAGGAGCUGCUGGAGAGGGCCGUGACCGCCGAGACCCUCCUGCUGGACCAACACACACAAGCGCAAUCACGUUACGCUCGCUCACGCUCACGCUCACACUCCCAGUCACACUACACUCCUGUCCUCACCCACCAAACGUACUUGCGCUAUGCACACACCCCACACUGCAGGAGCUCUGGGGCCGGGAUGAAUGGGAGCUACCAGAGGAGUCAGAGUGUCUCUGUUGUGUCGGGACACACGUAUCAGCAACAUGUGUCUCCUGAUAAGAGGUGGCCGCGGGGGGUGAAGCGGACCCUAUCACUGGGCUCAUGUAUGUGCGAGCGAGGGUGUGUGUGUGGGAGGAGAUGGUGUCUGUGCGAGAGAGGGUGUGUGUGUGUGAGCUCCGACGAGGGAGACGACUCAUGGUCAGCUGACACCUCAGAGCUGAGUUUGUGGCCACACACACCGAGCAGAGAUGUCUCUCAGGCUGUCUGUCCCUUCUGCAGUAAGCCGAGCCGCUCUCUGGAGUGUGUGUGUAUAGCGCUGAGGUGUGUGUUUGCGUACCUGGACGUGCACACACUGCUGAAUGCUGCUGAGGUAUGUCGGGCAUGGAGGAACGUGUCACGUCACUCAUCGCUCUGGAUCCACGUCACCCUUGAGAACACACACAUCUCCUCUACACUGCUGGUCAGCUUGUCGCGCUGUUGCAACCAGACACGGUCCCUCACCAUGCGGAGCCUCACCGCACCCAGGCGUCACCACGCGAGCGCGGAAGAACACUACAGGAACACACGGGGGUGUCUGGAGUCAGGGUUAGAAGUAUUGCUAAGGGCGACAGGGCGAAGCCUGAUGGAGCUGAACGUGUCCGACUGCCCCAACAUUCUAACUGACCGCUGUGUCUGGCUCGCCAGCUGCUACUGCCGUUCGCUACAGACACUCACAUACAGGAGUGCGACCGACCCUGUGGGGCCAGAGGUGAUUUGGGCGUUGGGUGCAGGCUGUAGGAACAUCACCUGCCUCCAGGUGGCGCCACUACAGCCAUGUCUGCAACCCAGCCGCUUUGGCAACCGGUGUCUUCAGCUCAUAGGCCGAUGCUGGCCACAGCUCAGUGAGGUUGGAGUCGGAGGCGUCGGCUGUGGGGUGCAGGGACUGGCCUCAUUGGUGAAGAGUUGUGUGUCCCUCAGGAGUCUGCAGCUGCAUGGUGUGUGUGAGGUGAGUGUGUCUGUGGCGCAGCAACUGUGCAGGGAGGGGCUGCGUUGCCUGGAGACCCUGGAGUUCCACUCGACCCCCGUCAGUCCAGACGCGCUGCUGCACUUUCACAGCAUGUGUGGCCAGCUGAGACGUGUGUUAGUUCAGGUGAGCAUCAGUGACUACUUCCAGGACCCUGACAGAGAGGAGGCCCACAGACACUUUAACCAGACAGUCAACAAAAUGCAGGCACUCCAGAGUUCUAUCCUCUCAGGAAUCCUUCACCUCAGGCUGGACAGGUGCUCAUCCAUGGAGGGCCAAUGAGGUUCAGCUCAACACUGUGCCACAGACCAACAGAACAUAUCAAACCCAACAAUGUCUGUUGACUCAUCACUACUCACUGUGAUAAGCAAUCUACCUUGUGUUAAAGAUGUCAAAGAAGUCAUCAAACUCAUCACUAAUAACUGCAAUGAACAAUAUAUAGCCUAAUGCACACAGAGGAGGUUGAAGUCUGAAGUCUGGUUGAAGUCGAUACUCAUUGAUAAUCACUGUGAUAAACAAUCUUCUUUGAAUUAUCGAUUUAGCAUAAGCCAUCAGAUUCACCACUAAUUACUGUGAUAUAGAAUAUAUAUUUUAAUGUCCGUAUGCAGAUGCAACAGAAGUCAAUCAGAGUGAUCAAUAAUCACUGCGACAAACAAUCUAAUUUUUUUCUACAGAUGUCAUCACACUCAUCACUAAUUGCGGUGAUAAACAAUCUAUAGCAUAAUGUUUACCAGUUGCAACAGAAGUCGUUCAGACUGUUGUGGACUAUCUGUUUUGUUGGUGAGUGAUGGCUAACCCACCGCCGAUGGUAUGUUCCAGAGUGGGUAGCAUUGCAAACAACAAGCAUCAAUAGCUCCAGAAGCCAUACUAACAUCUCCAGAGCAGAGCUGGGACGUGAGUGAUUAACUUGAGAAGCACUUUAGGCUUUUAGUCACCUCAAACACUGUCUGUUAUUACAAAACUCACUGCGUUAGUCUUUUUAAAGGCACACUGAAAAAAAAGACUAAACCUGUCAUCAACCUCCCUCUCAUUUAUGGACUCCUGUAGUAUAGUUUUACUGAUACUCCCUUCCAAAGUUCUUUGUCCCCUUUAAAACUGUUACAACCUGUUUUUCUGCCAAAUACUAGUGUUCCGCACUAAAGUACAACACAUCUAUUUAAAGUCAUACAAGGCCUAUGCAACUCAGUAGAGCAGCUCUGUUCUGUCAGCUAAAUGUCAGCGUCUGUACUGUGUGUUGAGAUAUCUCCACUGUGCAAUACUACAGCGCUGCUCUUUGAUGUGGCAAUACUAGAGCUGUGUGUAAUCAACUGCACUACUCAUGGUUUGAGCGGAGUAGAGCAGCUGUGUACUACAUUACUUCAGGCUAGCUUUGCACAUAGGACUCUAGUUUCUGUGUUCUGAGGCAGAAAAGGCGUACUUGAGUCAACACAAGCUCACCUUUAAUCAACAUUUCAGCUGUACUGUUGUGGUCUAUGGGGCAGCUGUUCACUAAACUACACUUGGACAUCAAGACAGUGGUUGAGGGGUGGUAGUCAUCAGCUAGAUGUGAGUCCACCUUGUAAUAAUAUGUACAAAUUGUGGGAGUAUGCCAUUUAUUGGAAGCCUGUUCAGAAACAAGUCUGUUUCAGAGUUGACUUGAAUAUGUGCAGGUCAGGCAGCCACAUAGCUGCACAUGGCUGCAUACCAUGCACAGUCUGUAAGUGUGGAAGAUGCAUCACUGUAAGUGGGGCAUGUGUACUUUGCACACUAAAUUAGCUGUAAUCUGAGCGGGCGCCACUGGCUGCCAGUUACAGUUCCGGAUAUCACAACCCCACCACCAGACCAGUCACCCACCUACCCAUCCAUCC